AUGAAGCUCUUGUUUCUCUCAGCACUGGCUCUCGCAGUUCAUGCGGCACCCCAAGGCUAUAAUAUAAACACGCCUUCUGGAGGAGGAUUAUCUGCUGGUGGUCACUCAUCAGGAGGAAUCUUUGGUGUUGGAGGUUUUGCCAAUGGCAAUGGAGUCUCUGGCGGCAGCAGUAUCUCUGGUGGAGGAUUCACCGGAGGCAGCGGAAUUUCUGGUGGAGGAUUCACCGGAGGCAGCGGAAUUUCUGGUGGAGGAUUCGGCGUUGGCAGCGGAAUUUCUGGUGGAGGAGUCUCCGAUGGAAGCAGUGGAGGGUUAAUAAUUGGAUCUGGAGGCCCUGCAGGUGGUUGUGCCGAAGGAGAGAUCUUGCAUGUGGAUGGAUCUUGUGUUGUCCCCGUGGUUACAAGAAACGUCUUCUUGUAUGACGCUCCUGAACAGUCUCAGCAGUCAAGUGGACCACCACCAAGUCUUCCACCGCCAAAGGUUGAUCACAAUAUCCUCUUCGUACGUCUUCCUGAAGGAGGAGUAGGACCAGAACCUAUUAUUGUUCCUCCACCAAAGCAGGAGAACAUCGUGUAUGUCCUGAACAAGAACGAUGGAGCAGGCGGCCAGCGAGUAAUAGAAGUUACCGCUCCUCCACCUUCUGAUCCUGAAAUUUACUUUGUUAACUACGAGGAAGGAGAGAACCCAACUCUUCCUAUUGGUGUGGAUCUUGAGACUGCUCUCAGCGCUGCCGCUAGUGCUGGUGGUCAAGUCAUUGGAGGCGUGGGAGGUAUCGGUGGGUCUGGCGAUGGAGGAUUUGGCGGUAGUGGAACAGGUGGAAGUGGAGGACUUCGAGGUACAGCAGGCAGUGGAGGAUUUGGAGUAGGAGGCAGUGGAGGAUUUGGAGUAGGAGGCAGUGGAGGAUUUGGAGUAGGAGGCAGUGGAGGAUUUGGAGUAGGAGGUAAUGGAGGUUUUACUGGGAGUGGAUUAGGAAAUAGUGGAGGAUUUGGUGGCGUUAGUGGAGGAAGUGCAGGCUUUAGUGGAAGUGGAACAGGAAGUACUGGAGGCUUUGUUGGGGGCGUAGGAGGCGCUGGAACUCCGUCCACGCUGUAUUCUGGCCCGUAA